AUGUCAUCAACAACUCAACCGCCUUCACAGACCAAGUCUCGACUGCCUCCGGUACAGACCAAAGGAUUAAAAUUCGGUGCCGGAUCUUCCUCUCAGGGUUCUUCAUCUGGCAAAGGUUCCAACAAUAAGGGUAAGAGCAAGGAAGAUGAGGAUGGGAAGUUGCCUUUUCUGGACUACAUCAGUUGUAAUAUAUGCAACGAAGCUUUCUUCGACGGUAUAGCAAAAGGAAAGAUUUUCUGGAUGACUUCGUGUGCCCAUGUAUUGUGUAAUGAUGAGCAACAUCAACACAAAGAAGGGAUCUGUACGGUCUGCGGCAAGACUAUGCAAGCGGUAACGAUGGAACACGGCAAUUUACAACCUAUACAAGAGAACUUUCUCUCCAACCCGGAAUUCCAGCUCGAAAAGGCUCUUUCGGAAUAUGAGGAUCAGUCCAAGAAAUUUGUUAAGAAUGUCCUAUCAAUCAAAGGUAUAUAUAAAUUCCAAACGAACCAGCACAAAAAAACUCGAUCUCUAAACAAGGAGCGAUUGGACAAAGCUCUCGCGGAAAUUGAACGUUUAAAAGACGAGCUGCAUAUACAUGUUGCCGAAAAUGUUGAGUUGAAACUAGAAAUUAAACAACUGCAAGAUCGUCUGAAUAUGCCUCCACCACCUAUCGAUACGUAUCAAUCACGAGGAGCAGGAUCUAUGCCGCCACCUAUUUACGGUAGAACAUUAACUGCAGUGGAGGAAGUAGAAGAAGAACCCAAUGGACUAGUUGGCGAGACCUCGUCCAGCAAAAGAAGAAGAAUUGAUAAUGCCGAGCAACCAUCUAGGUCACUCGUACCCUCUACCCCUCGAUCCCAACCUCAUUAUGCUCAACUGUUGGAUAACAGCUAUCAAACACCUCAACAUGAUUCAUAUGAAAGACCUAUUUCAGCGGCUGGAUACAGCGCUGUACCACUUACUACUAACCCUGCCAGGCCUGACUUAGAACGAUACAGGUACAAUAGUACUCCGUUGAACGGUACAUCCCCCCAAGCUUAUUCUCAAGGACACACGAAUGGUGGGAGUACCCCUUUACACAGACCAGCUAGUGCUUUUGAAGGUGUACCUGGCAUUGGCGGCUAUAUGGGUGGUUUUGUUGAUGGUGACGGCUCUCAGCCGAUACCUGCACCCGCUAUGAUGAACAACGGUUUCAGACAGUCGUCUCCGCCAUACGAAGGAAGCUAUUCACCCCGACGCCCACCUCCGAACGUGUAUUCUCAGCCUCCUCCUGAAUCCAAUCGCUACUCGCGUGAUGCAUACAAUCGAAGUCUGUCUCCCAACGCUCAUGAUGGUGGUAAUGAAGGGAAAUUCACGAUUAGUCAACCACCCAAAAGACCUUUACCACCUCCGUUUUGA